GUCUGUCUUGAGACAGUACAUAUUUAGUUGAUAAAUAGCUUUAUUUUUGUUAAGUUGUGCUAGUGUGUUCUGAUUAUCGAGACGUGCUAUCGCCAAAACUUUCUCGACAUGUUUGUGAAAAGUAUUAUUUUUGCUGUCGCCAUUACUUUGGUCCACGCAGGCCCUAACCAAAUAGUGAGACCAUGCGCUCUCAAUGACCUUAAAUGUCUCACGGACAAUUUCUCAGCGAACUCCGGGUGUAGCCGACAGCUCAAUGGCCCGAUCGCCCCCCAAUAUGUGGUGGGCGAGUUCAAAUUCGAGACUCCAUACUUCAAUUCUUCAUACAUAGACAGAAAUCUGAUCGUUAGGAAUCAUGAUAAGUGCUUCGUUUCCGAGUUCUUCUUCAACGUGAAGACUGACACGUCAGUGAUCACCAUAGACUGCCCGAGCCUGGACCUGCAGUCGAAGAGGACUCUGAUCCGCCAUCAAUCUGGACGUGAAGACGAAUAUUUCCACUUCAACUACAGAGCUGUUUACCCCCUGGUGCGCUUGACCAUGAACAUCAAACACGCGGACACCAUGCAGGUCUGCUCGGCUUUCACCUUCGCAGACAUCACUCAGCUACCGACGUUCAUUGUGGAUCCUACAGACAAACCUACAGCGAACUUCUUGUCGACCGAUUUAUCUUUCAUGAAUAUUUAUGAAAGAGAAAAUUUCUCUUACCGCGCCGGACCGCUCAUGAAGAUAUUCAUCAAUUCCAACAUUUGCAACUUCGGUUGUAUUGAUUCUUAAAUAUGUAAAAU